AUGCGCAAGAGAAGCCCAGCAAGAGCUACUAUUAAUUCUCCAUUAACCUCAGAUUUGAGAUCAUUCUCUGCCACUCCUUUUUCCCAACAACAACAACAACUCAACAAUUGCGCAACCCGAGCCACCUUGAAUACCAAUCUUGAUCAUAAUUCCUCCACUGAAUCGUCUUCCAAUAAUGAUUCUUCAUCCAGUGGAAACAUAUCUGAAAAGCCACUUUCGAGACAUUCACGAGAGAGUCUUGGCACUAUAUACAAUGAAGAUUCAUGUCAAUCGAAUACCAAUCCUGAGAAUACCAAUAAUUCUUCUGCUAGUGGAGUUGGUGGCCUUUCGUCCUUUGAUUCCUCUUUCCAACAUGCUCUCACCACUCAGGAAAACCUCAAUGAACCAAAUCGAUCAAAGAAACUAGAUGUUCUCUCAGCUGAUCAGAUACGACAAUACUUUUGCUAUACUCAACAAGAUGCUGCUCGUCUAUUGGGUGUCUCUGUAUCGACAUUGAAGAGACGUUUCUAUGAGCUCAAGUUGGGAAAGAGAUGGCCCUACAAGAGAACUAAGCAAACACCACGAAAGAGAAAGGAUAAGCAGACAAUGAGUGAGGAGAGACAACUCAUUGAUCAGGGUAUUAAGGCAUGCUCAAAUGUUAUGAUUCUCACUCCCAUGAAACAAUCACCAGUAGUACUACUGAUGGCCACAAGUAAGGGAAGCAAUAAUGGAUCUGCAAUUCUCAACCUUUCGAAUGGUUUCUCUAAUAAUGUAGAAGUUUCGGUAAGACAGCAAACACCACCAUCUGCUACAAGUAAUAUGAGUCAACAACAAUCAGUUUUCGAUAAGAGAAACUUGAAGAAUAAUCAAUCAUCCUAUUCGAGUGGUAUUGAAAAGCAACACAAGAUGAAUUCACCCUCUUCCAAUAAGGUACUUUCACCAAUCAAGAAUAUAUUACUCCAACAACAUUCCAAUAAUUCUGAAUUCUUAAGUAUUGUAAAUAGAUCUAGAUCCUCUUCCAAUCAUUCCAUGAGCAGUUCCUCAGUUUCUUCCACCAAUCCAAAUAAUCAGCAUCAUUCCUCAUCCAAUCACUCAUUACAAGAUGAAAAGGGAGCUCUUUCCACACAACCAUAUCCACAACUAAAUCACAAUUCUUAUCAUCCAUCCUCGUCCCCCCUCAAUAUGACGAGAAACGAAAAUUCAUGCAAGAGAGAAACAUCUAUGGAGCAAUCCAGAAAGAAACUUUCUCUCAGUUAUAUAUUGAAUCAUUCCGAUUGUAACAAUUCGAUAUCAUCCGAGCAAACUUCAUGA